GUGUGGGCUACGCGAUCUGUCUGAUUGACAUAAACAUGGGAAUGUACUACAACACGAUCAUAGGAUGGGCAGUUUACUAUCUGUUUGCAUCCUUCAACUCGGAAUUGCCUUGGACGAAAUGCGGGAACAGCUGGAACACGCCGUUCUGCACCCCGGUCACUAAUCCCCAAUUGGAAAACUCCACCAGCCCGGCCGCCGAGUUCUUUGAGCGCAACGUACUAGAAAAAUAUCGUUCAGAUGGGCUUGAUAUGAUGGGACCUAUCAAACCAUCCCUCGCCCUUUGUGUUUUUGGAGUGUUCGUCUUAGUUUAUUUUUCGCUCUGGAAAGGUGUGAAAAGUGCUGGAAAGGUGGUUUGGGUAACAGCUCUAGCCCCAUAUAUAGUUCUUCUAAUCCUUCUCGUCCGAGGUGUAUCUUUACCAGGAGCCGCUGAAGGCAUCCGUUACUAUUUGACUCCGGAGUGGCACAAACUUCAAAACUCAAAGGUCUGGAUAGACGCCGCCUCACAAAUCUUCUUUUCACUGGGACCAGGAUUCGGCACCCUGCUGGCAUUGUCUUCGUAUAAUAAAUUCAACAACAACUGCUAUCGUGAUGCUAUUUUAACGAGCAGUAUCAAUUGUCUUACGAGCUUUUUGGCUGGAUUUGUUAUCUUUUCAGUACUUGGGUACAUGGCCCAUGUUCAAAACAAAUCGAUCGAACAAGUUGGCUUGGAAGGCCCUGGUUUAGUUUUCAUAGUGUACCCCGAAGCUAUAGCAACCAUGUCAGGCAGUGUCUUUUGGUCCAUUCUCUUCUUUUUGAUGCUGAUUACCUUGGGCUUGGACAGCACUUUUGGAGGAUUAGAAGCAAUGAUCACAGCUCUCUGUGAUGAGUACCCACGCGCCUUGGGCAGAAGACGAGAAUGGUUCGUCAUGGUCCUCCUGGUGCUGAUCUAUAUUUGCGCGCUGCCAACAUGCACUUACGGAAGAUUGGGUACGGUUGUGCCAGAGUACGAUAGUGACAGUUGUCACAACAGCUAA